AUGGUCAAUUGGAAACAAGCCGAGUCAGCCGACCGUCUCUGUGCGGCGCUCGUCGUAGCCCAUCCGAGUCUAAAGCUCGACUAUAAUGCCAUAGCCGCCUACUUCGGACAGGGAGCAACGUACGACGCAAUUCAAAACCGCUUCCGGAAAGUCCACACAUUCGCCGACCAACUCCGACAGGAAGCCAUAGAACGGGGGAUCACUGAUAUUCCCGUUGCGAAGACCCGAAAAUCCACUACCGGCAGUAUUGCCUCUCCUGCUCCACGAACACCUCGUAUGGGCCGCAAUGGGAUCCAGAAGCCUGUCUCCUCUUCCUCAUCUCGAAGGAGACCCACUCCCAGAACACCCGCCAAUUUUAUAACGCCAACCCGAAGCGGAACCGGUUCAAGCAAAGCAGGACAGUCUAUCAUGGAUGCAAUUUCUCUGGAAGAUGACAUGCUCGAUGAUGAGAAGACCGAUCUCAAACCUACCCUCAAAGCGGAGUCCAGGUCUGCGCAAAUCUCAACAACGGCAGGUCCUGCUUCCGACGAAAGCGAUGUCGAGAUCAUUGAAAUGCCUCCUUCGCCUCCGGCAAUUACAACGGGGAAGGCCGAAGACUUCUAUGUCUCCACAUCAAGCUUCCCUUCUUAUCCUAGCUUCAGCGUGAGCAAUGUAAUCAGCUCAACUGUUAAACAAGAGCAAAAGCAAACGGGCGUAUCAUCCGAGUCCGGCAGGCGGCUCAACGAUACGAAUACUACUUCGUCAACAUCAAGCGUCUUUGGCAACAGCAGAAGCAACAACGAUGCCAGUCUCGGCCUAUCCAGUAUAGGCGGGUUCGCUCAUAGUAGUAGCUCAGCCUACGAAAUGGAUGACCCUUGGGCAGAAGUCGCAUAA